GAGUUUCCAGUAUGAGUGAACAGUAUGAGUGGUACAUUCUAAAAUAACUAAAGACUUACUCACAUCCUCUAUACAGGCAAAAUACCAGAAACCUUACAUCACCAGCUGGGUGAAACGAAACCUGCAUUUCAUCCAGUAUUACUCUACAGCCUACGCAAUAGCCGAAAUUGAUAUAGUUUAAAAUGUGUGCUGCUGAUAGCUUUCAUAUUGUUUCAUUUUUUACCGACGCCGCAGUUAAAGCUACACAACAGAGUGGUAUCGAAGUGUGGAACAGUGGGUAAUGGAGUCUUGGAACAUAUAAUGAUGCUGGUUUAGUUUUCCUGACUCACUUAUUACAAUGGCUGAAGGACAGUUAUCAUUAAAAAUCAACUGGAUCUAUGAAGAACUCUCCAGCGAUGAAAGCCAAACGUUAAUCUAUUUGUGCCGCGAUCUUGAUGGAGGCUGUUCGAAACAAGACGUGAAGGAAGUUUUGAAAUCACAGAUAAAAAGUGGAGUGCUAGACCAUCUAGUUCUGGCUGAACUGCUGUACAGAAUCAAAAGAUUUGACCUUUUGAAAAAGAUACUAAGUUCAAAUAAAAAACAAGUGAAAGCUCUUUUGGAAAGUAGUCUGUGCACUGUUUCUGCUUACAGGGUGCUCAUGGCAGAAAUCAGUGAAGACCUAGAUAAAGAAGAUUUGCGUUCACUAAUAUUUUUAUUAAAUGACACUAUACCAAAAGGGCGGCUUGAUAAAGCUACAGGCUUCCUUGAUGUGGUGAUUGAGUUGGAGAAGCAUGAUAAAGUCUCACCUGAUAAAGUGGAAUUAAUAGAGCACUGCCUGCAUCACAUCCACAGGAAAGACCUCAAGAAGAAGGUGCUGAAGUACAAGCGCAGCAGUCAAGUUUCACAUCCAAACGUUGCCUCACACAAUCAGAGGGAAAAAUGUUUGGGUCUUUCUCAUUCACAAGAAGCUGCCAGUGCACCACCUCUUCCUGCAAGAAUCUAUCAAAGUCCUGCUGGAGCCCAAGCUGCAGAAAACAUCAAAGUUUCCUUUUCAGUACCUGAAAUGGGAAUGCAGAACCCUGAAGAAGUAUACAGAAUGCAGAGACGUCCUUUUGGAGUGUGUUUAAUAAUAGACUGCGUUGGCACUGAUGGAGAUAUGCUAGAACACACCUUCAAGAGACUUCACUUCCAAGUCAUCCUGUACAAGUGGUUAAGCCUAGGUGACGCCUGUUCAGUGUUGAAGGAAACAGCUAGGAUGAGAGAGCACAGGAACUCAGACUGCUUCGUCUGUUGCAUUAUCAGUCGGGGCAGCUCCACCAAGAUGAUAGCCACUGAGAAAGAGGGUCCAGGCAUCGGCUUUGACACAAUAAAGCAGCUCUUUACUGUGGAGCACUGCCCGGGCCUUUCGGGCAAACCAAAGCUAUUCUUCAUCCAGAACUACACCGUUCCAGAGCACUGUGACUACAAUGACGUGGAGGUUGAUGGGUCUUCUGUUGCCAGUAGGGUAGAGUAUAUCCCUAAUGAAGCUGAUGUUUUUUGGAGCUGCUGUAAUACUGACGCUUGCACCCUUGAAAAAGUGCAUCAUCGGUCAGAAUACCUACAUGCUCUCUCAGCAUCUCUACUAAGGGGACAGAAAAGAAACAGGCAUCUCAUUGACAUCCACACUGAGGUGAACAAUGUGAUCUACGAGAAAAACAGACAGCAGCACGGAGAGACCUACACCAUGGAUCUGCGCCACACUCUGCGCAAGAAACUGCUCUUUCCUCUAAAUUAGAUACUUAAUAUGGGCCGUAUUUAUUUACUGCUCAGUUAAGAAGUGUUUUGUGGUAUUAUUUCCAACUAUAGAGUUGGGCUAUCUGUAUAUUUAAUAUUUAUUUUGUACAGUAGAUACUGUAGUUCUGCAGCUAUGAGAGACUGGCUGGUCUUUCCUUAAAAGAGUGAAAAGCAUCUGAUGGCGUCUUUCUAUGUGUUUUAUACAUUUAUCUAUUCAACAAAAAAUAGUUUGCCAUUGGUGUUGGCUUUCAGAGCAGUGCACUUUUAUACAGUCUAAGAAAGUUCUGUUUAGCAAUAGUAAGUUAUGUUUAGCAAUUUUUUUGGCUCUGGGACUAAAGCUAUAACUCAUUUUUGGGUACACAGUAUUGUCUCAGUACUUUUAACCAUAGAUAUAAUAAAUCCAUGGACAUUUUGACACUUGGGUCAUGUAGAAUGCAGGUUCAAUUGGAAUAGUUUUGGUUACUGGGUGAAAAACAAUACAGAGCAAAGACUUCAGUGAAAUUCUAAUCUCUUUAAAUGGACUGGACAAGUACUGAAGAAGUUCUGGAAGGGUAGUGAAAGUCUUGAAGUUAGUGAGGAAGUGUUGAUGGGUGAUUGUCUUCAAUCAGAUACUUCUCAAGUGAAUAUCUCUUUUAGAACAGGUAAAAACACACUGUAUAGUUUCUUUAAUGUAUUGAGAGGUGUUGAGGGGAUACAGGAAGCAUAGAGAUGGAAACAAUAGCUUUGACGAGAGUGAAGAUGUACAUUGUAGGUAGUAUGAUUGCUUUAGCAGCUGUACAGUCAUGUAAUGUAAUCUGAGUAGAGUUGAAUGGAUUGUGGAGAUAUUUCCCUGAUGUAAAGUAGAUUAUGUCAGCAUUAAAUUAUUUUACAAAACUGACUGCACAUUCCCUGUCCUGGUUUGUAUACUGCAGUGCUGUGUGAGAUUCAGUUGCUGGUUUUUUGUUUUGUUUUUAGGUGUAUAUUAUCUAGUAGUUACAGAUACUACAGUGCAUGACCAAAGUUUAAGCAAUAAGACACAUUGUGACUGUAAUUUAACAGCAAUAAAAACCUUAACGUGUCUGGUGUGAUGACAAAAUGGCCCAUUCCAGACUGAAAACAAGCUGUGUAAGAAAAUGAAACCUCUGAGGAAGCUAGCAACAGCAGCUUGGAAUCUUGAUCAGCCAGUUAUUAUUGUUUUAAUUAUUCGUUGAACUGAAAAGGGACUGUCCUGAGCUGGUAAACACAAAAAAAUCUUAAAAAGUCAUCAUACUCAACAAUUUUGACGAUGAGCUCACAGGUCUUUUCAGCCAAUGAGGACGCGAGUAGAGCAGUCUUUAUCCCACAGUUAGAUGCUCCCUGAAAGCUAACAGAACAGAAUCUUGAAACUCGCUUACACAGCAGCAUAGUCUUCAAGCAACCCAAGAGAUUCAGUCCAAAAAUAUAACCUAAAUACACUUUUGUUCAGUUUAUAAUAGUAUGAAUAUCAUCUGCAGUGGUCAAUACCUGUAGAUAACAGACCUUUGGGGUAGAUGUACUAAGAUGGGCCAGUCGCAGGGCAAACAUACCGCAAUUUGCAUUUUCGUUAUGAUAAU